AUGGCCCGCGAAGGAACCCGCUCCCAGACCGGCAACUCCAAGCCCCGUGUCUUCCCCGUCGUCGACACGGCUCCCGUCCGCAAGCAAAACACGACCAUUGCUGCCGACGCGAAGAAGCCCAAGGCGACUCCCGCUUCAAAGGCCGCGAAGCCCGUCGGUAUCACCAAGAAGAAGGCCGCUGCCACCAAGAAGAGCCCUUCUGUUGCUACUAAGGCAAAGUCAGUAGCAAAGAAGGCCGAGACCAAGGUCGCCGCCGCCACCAAGGCUGGCAAGAAGGAGACCAAGCCCAAGACCACCAAGGCCAAGGCGACGCCCGCCGCCGCCUAA